AUGCCAUCUGGACUCGAAAAUACUUUUUUGAUAGCAGUAGCAGGAGAGUUCAUAAUUGGAAUGCUGGGGAAUGGUUUUAUUGUCCUAGUUAACUGCACUGACUGGAUGAAGAAUCAAAUGCUCUCAGCAGCUGACGGCAUCCUCACCAGCCUGGCUGUCUCCAGAAUCAUUCUUCUUUGGAUAACACUAUUCAAUUCAUCUGUAAUGGUGUUUUGGCCACAUCUAUAUCACAUUGAUAAACUAGCAAACGCUCUUAGUAUUCUUUGGACACUGACCAAUCACCUAUCUACCUGGUUUGCCACCUGCCUGAGUGUUUUCUACUUCUUUAAGAUAGCCAAUUUCUCCCACCGCUGUUUCAGUUGGCUGAGGUGGAGAAUUAGCAGGGUGCUGCUUGUCCUUACACUGGGGUCUUUAUUCUUACUGUUUUUCAACUUUAAAUUAUUAGAUGGAUUUACUGAUCUCUGGGUCAUUUUCUAUCAAAACUACGAAAGAAACUCAACUUGGCCCCUAGAUGUAAGUAACACUCUGUGUCUUAACAGCUUGAUUAUGCUCAGUUUCAUCUACUUAACCCCCUUCCUUCUGUCCCUGACCUCACUGCUGCUUUUAUUUCUCUCCUUGAUGAGACACACCAGGAGCCUGCAUCUGAACUCCAGUUCUGGGGACUUCCGCACAGAGGCCCAUAAAAAGGCCAUGAAAAUGGUGAUGUCGUUCCUCAUCCUCUCCACGGUUCAUUUUUUUUCCAUGCAAUUAACAGUUUGGACUUUCGUUUCACUGCAGAAACAUCAUGCCAGUUUGGCUGUCACGUUAAUAUCUGCUCUUUUUCCUUCAGGCCACUCAUUUGUUCUAAUUUUGGGAAACCGCAAGCUGAGACAAGCCGCUGUAGGACUGCUGCGGCAUCUCAGUUGCCACCUGAAAAUGGCGGAGCCCUAGCUUCCUAGACUUCCAGAAAUGAAGAAUUAAUGAAGCCCAUUGAAGAUCCGUUUCAACUUUCGUUUUUCUCACUGGAUGCUUUUAGCUACUAUUAAACAUCACAAGCUUUCCCUAGAAUGGCCUAUAAACUUAA